GUGAAGUUAACGUGCCGUGCAAGAGGGGUGCCACCGCCCCGCGUGUCGUGGCGCAGAGAAGACGGCCAGCACAUUAUAAUUCGGAAGCCAUUUGCAGGAAGCGCUCUCAACCAAAAGUCUCACGUGUCUUCGCUGGCCGAGUAUCAAGGGGAGGAGCUGACGCUGACCAAGAUCUCCAGGAACGAGAUGGGAGUUUAUCUGUGCAUCGCCAGCAACGGCGUGCCACCGGCGGUCAGCAAACGUAUUUUUAUCAACGUUCAUUUCUCGCCUGUUAUUCAUGUACCUAAUCAACUGGUCGGUGCUCCUCUGGGUACAGACGUGGUCUUGGAAUGUUUUGUCGAGGCUUCGCCCAAGUCCAUUAAUUAUUGGGUCAAGGAUAGCG